AUGUCGGAACAUGUAGACGUUGAUAAGAUUUGGAUUUCUCUUGGGAAAUGGGGUUAUUACCAGAAACGCCAGCUUAUUGUUUUACUGGUCGCAAUUUGGUCAUGUGGCUUUCAUAUGCUCUCCAUUGUCUUCAUAGCGUAUCGGCCGUCUUUCGAGUGCAAAGCAGUCAAAUUGAACGUAAGUGCAAUCAAUGGCACGGAAGAAACAUAUUACAGUCGAUCUUAUGGCAAGUGCUCUGUGACUCACAUGUCCAACAUCUCGGGGGAUGUCUCUGUAAAAAACACGGACUGUGCCGACGGAUGGUAUUACUACGAAGAUGAGGCAUUUGAUGAGGAUAGAUCCAUCAUUUCAGAGUGGGACCUCGUUUGUUCUCGGAAAGAGCUAGCUGAGCUGUCCCAAACACUUGUAAUGAUAGGCCAAGGAAUUGGAGCAUUUGUGUUCACAAGCUUAGCAGACAAAUAUGGACGAAAACCUGUUCAUAUUUUAUGUCAUGCAGCUCUGUUUAUCUUUGCCCUUUGUACGGCCUUUGUCCCGAAUUACCCAUCUUUUGCAGCAAUGAGGACAUUACUUGGAGCCGUUCAGCAGGGUACUGGUCUAGCUCAAGCCAUAUUGAGCCUAGAGAUGUUUCCAAAAGAAAUCCGUGGUUAUGUUGAAGUUUUAGGCUUGCUCUUUUGGACAACAGGGAUAGCAAUAGUCACCCCGAUCGCUUACAUUUUUCGGAACAUUUCUUGGAGAUAUUUCCAGAUAUGCCUUGCCUGCUUAUCCUCGUGGUCUUUGAUCGAAUGGUGGUUGAUAGACGAAUCAUUACGCUGGUUGAUUGCAAACGGAAAGUAUGAAGAAGCUAAACGUAUAUUGCUUAAAGCGUGCAAGAUGAACAAAAAAGAUUUCAAAGACGUCGUGGCUGGAUCUGGCUUUCUGGAACAUGAAAUGAAAUCAGUCAAACAGCACAAUAAAGAACAUGGUGGAAUGAAUAAGAAACUUCUAAGCAAUGGUUUGUCUCCUAAUGGAAUGCCACAGGAGGAUGCUAAAUCUUCAAUAAAGGCCUACACAGUAAUUGACCUGGUGAAGUCGAAGAGGCUGUUUAUAUCAUCUAUGAUACUUUGGUUUGCAUGGAUGACGAACAGCCUUACAUACUAUGGGAUAAUGCUGAUAUCAUCAAGUUUGGCGGGAAACCGGUUUUUGAACUUCUUUCUUGGUUCCGUGGUGGAGUAUCCGGCUGCUUUCAUGGAAUACGUUAUGAUUAAUAGGUAUGGUCGGAAACCUACAGUGAUUAUUUUCCAUGUUAUUUGUGGAGUAGCUCUGAUAACAGCCACAAUAAUAAACACUUGUGCUGACGGCAAUUCUUCCAUGGUUCUGACGGCGACAGUCUUCACAUUGAUAGGCAAGUUCGCUAUAACAGGAUCAUUUAGCACCAUAUUCCUGUACACACCUGAGCUAUAUCCAACAAAUAUGAGAAACACGGGUAUUGGAAUGUCGUCAGCAGCGGCGAGAAUAGGGGGAAUGCUGGCACCCUUUUCCCGAAACCUUGCUGAGUCAUUAGUCUGGGGCCCGGGCCUGGUUUUCGGGGUGAUGUGCGCGAUUGUGUCCGUGAGCAUGCUGUGGAUACCAGAAACCAACCAAUACGAGUUGCCGCAAACGCUGGAAGAAUGUGAAACAUGGUAUAAGGAGAAUAGACUACAACUUCCUUGUGGACGAAGCAGACGACGCACCGAACAAACAAUAGAAUAUUAAACGAUAUGAGGAAAGUCUUUUGAAAGGAUAUCAAAAGGUUCAUAUACAUUUUAAUCAUUUCCACUGUUGAAGAUAAAUUAUUCGAUUUUGUUACUAUGUAUACAAACCUAGCAUCAUUCACAAACAUAGAAAAUGUAGAGCAUCAGACUUUAACAGUGUUUAGACAUCUUAGUGUCGUAGCCUUGACUCCCGCAUUAGGCCCGAUGCUCUAUAUCACAUGCUAACCGAAGACAAUAAUAAAAUAAUAAAUACGCCACGUGUGUACAAACCCAAAUCUAACUUAUGCUAACAGUGAACUUACAUUUCACUGACCGUUCCAUGGCGGUCAUUCCAACCUUUUGUCCGUGCCUGAUGUGCAUUUGUCCUCUGUGUACUGAUCUGAAAUCUAACUAUAGAUUAUAUCGAUAUAAUAACUCUAUAAACGUAUUUUUCUAUUGUGUCUAGUAUUAGCAGUUGGACUUUACAUAUAUAUA